UCAAAGGUCUUUGAGCUGUCAUUGGCAUUCACAUUUGAAAAUUGCCCAGCCAACUCAUCCACUUCUGUAUUUUUUUUUUUUUUCAGAAAACACAGAAGCACCCAUCAUUUUUCUUGAUAAUUUUGGUUUUUGUUUCUAGAUUCACCCAAUAGAUAACUAGGUUCUCUCGAGGUGUGUUUAUAAAGAAUUUAAAGUCAUGGAGGAGGGAAAGCUAGAGGAUUUGAUCAGCAGCUUACCAUUGGAAAUACAGAGGAGAGUUGUUUCCUUGCUGCCAUUGAAGGAAGCAGUAAGAACAAGCAUUCUUUCUACAUUUUGGAGAAGCCUAUGGUCUCCAGUUCAGCUAAGCUUGGAUUUUGAUCCAAACCCAGUAAACCACGAAGGGUCUGGACCGUCUGGUCAAGAAAUCGAACAGGUUAUGGGAAUGUUCCUGAAGUCUUUUGCUUGUCCUGAGAAAUUGGAGCUCAAUCUCAAAGUCCUCAACAAUAUCAUCGAAGAAUUGAUUGUCAAAGCUACCAAGGGGAUUGAGCAAGAGCUUCAUGUUGAGUUCCUUGAAACUCAGAAUGUUCCAUCAAUAACUUCUUUGUGCCUUCACAACAAUCCCACCCAAAACGCUAGUUUCUUUGGUGUCAAGCUUCUUCACCUUAGAUCAGUCACCAAUCUUUCCAAACCUUUAGUUUCUAUGCUCUUCUCGAAUUGUAAUGUUCUUGAAAGCUUGAGGCUUGAGAAAUGUAGAGGGUUGGAGAGCCUUGAAGUAGAGACACAUAAUAGUCUUCAGAGGUUGGUGGUGGAAGAGUGUUCAGGCAUGGCUGCUAUUGUGAUUUCUGCUCCAAAUCUAAUUUCUUUUGAGUAUCAUGGUGCUCUACCUCAGAUGGAGAUAAAGAAAACAGUGAGCUUGGUUAAUGUUGUGCUCGAUUUGAGAGACGGACCAGGCAGAAAUGAGUUGGAUUGUCAGGAUGUCUUGCCCAUCCUAGCUUCUUUCAAGGAUGUUGAGGUUCUCACCAUAAGUAGUUGGCUUCUUGAGUGGUUGUGUUUGGCGGGAGUGAUUUUUGGGCGGCUUGAGUUCAAGUUCAACGAACUAAAGGAGUUAACUUGCACUGAUUCUAUUAUCAGCAAGGACAAAAGGGAUUCUCUUGCCUGUUUCCUAAACUCAUGUCCGUCCUUGACAAAGUUAUCGAUUGAGAUUGAGAGCAAGCUGGACUUAAUCCCUAAUCCGUGCUUCCAUCAAUACUGGCAUGAACCUCACCUCUGGAUGGACUUCACGACCGUAAAAUCAAAUACUUCAGAUCUUAAGCAGCUCAGAAGUGUUGAACUAGAAGGCUUCACCGGCAAAGAAGACGAAUUGCUGCUAAUGGAUCUCAUACUUGAAAAGGCAACUCGGCUAAACUCAUUCACUCUUGUGUAACCAGCAUUCUCUGUAUAUUUGAUCCUGGCAAAGCAAACUAUAUAGAAUCCCCUAGUAUCGUGAUCGAUCAUUUUCCUAAUCUAUGAAGUACUCAACACUAUUUCAAAUAAACUCCAAAACAACUACUCAAUGCACUUCGAA